CUUGAUUUUUUUAGAGACGGAUAAUAUGUCUGGGCUCUAAUGAGGUGACCUCCCCAUGUGUACUUCUCCCUGCUGAAGCUGGAUGGUGUGUCGUUCCGUGCCGACGGGUCAGUCUAUUACUGUACUUUCAAACGCACAGUCCCGCUCAGAGGUUUCCUGUUGAGACAGAAAUGAACGUUCCGUCCAGAGAGGAGUGUGAGGGCUGGGACCCGGGACAGGUAGCCCUCUUCAUGUGCCAGAACAAAAUGCAAGAAUGUGCUACCACCGUAAGAAAGCUGAGGAUUAAUGGACAACGAUUCCUGAACCUGUCUGACAGUGACAUGAGCAAGUUUAGUCUCAUCCACCAACCGCAGCUUCAAAAGAUCAUUCAGGACAUCAAGAAAAAAGAUGACAGCUUUCUGAAUAAACUAAGAAGAUUUAAACACAAACCAAGUCCAAAGGUACCUGAGAGAGAUUACAGAGAUGAUGACGGGGAUUUGGAUGAUCAUCUCUCUGAACCUGAUUACGAUAACGACUGUAUGUAUGAGGAUCUAGGUGACGACCAGGACGGCAGCUACGAGCCUCCUCCCGGCCAAAGAGUCUUCACCACAACUCCCUCUGCCUCCUUCCCAAGGGGGGAGUACAUUGACAGCUGUCGUAACCGUCCCUCCCGGCCCCCCAGGAAGCCCCUCCGCCCGGCCAAAGCCUCCAAACAACUGCCCCCUGAACCCACCCCCACUGGGAGUGAUGAAGAAGACUACAUCAGUCCAGACGGCAGUAACGAGGAUGACAACUACAUAGAACCUGAAGAGAAUAAACCUGCCAAUCCCAUAAUGCCUUGUAGGCGCAGAACAGGGAUGGAUCGCCCUAUGUUGCCAACACCCCCAGAGCAUCAACACAGUUCUGAUUUUUAUGAAGUUCCAGAGAAAGAGGAGACCUCAUUACCUCCACCAGCAAGCAGACUGUGUCCAGUGUCUCAGACACAGUUACACCCCUUACCACCAAAACCCAGCCCCAGACAGAAGAGGAGUAGAUCUCCGCCUCCUGUCCAGGAGGUCACAGAGGACGAUGAAUAUGAAGUUUGUGAUCCAGAUUGUUCCAAGGAUAAAGCUGCAGAGGGUCCUCCUCCACAUUUGCCAAAACCUCUGCCCAGAGAGAGGUCACCAAAACCACCUUUAAAGCCGAAACCGGCUUCAAGACCAAGGCAGUUUGAAAGCCAAUCGCUGCCUGUGAUGCAAACUGGCCACCGAGUUCCUCCAAAAGCUCUGACACUGGACUUGAUACGCCCUAAAAUUCCUCUUCCCCAGUUGACCCCCCUCAGACUAACUCACAGAGGAAUUGUUUCUGCUGAUAAUCGGUCAAAGGAUGAAGAUAAGGAUGCAGACAUGUGUAAGAAGCCCUGGUACGCCGGCGCCUGUGACCGCAGGACUGCUGACGAGGUUUUGCUUCACUCAAAUAAAGACGGGGCGUUUAUGGUGAGGAAGAGCUCCGGUCAUGACGCACAGCAGCCCUACACAUUAGUGGUGUUUUACAAGGGCAGGGUGUACAACAUACCAAUCCGCUUUAUAGCAAACAUGCGGCAGUAUGCACUGGGAAGAGAGAAGAAAGGAGAGGAGCAUUUCAGCAGCAUCUCCCACAUCAUCGAGAACCACCAGAGGAAUCCUCUGAUGGUGAUCGACGGCCAGAAUAACAGCAAAGACGCCACCAAGCUGCGUUACCCCAUGAAGCCUUAAGAGGUCCCAGUGAUCGGGCUUGUACAUCCCAACCCGCUGUGUUUACUGUCAGACUGUUUACAGAAGUGCUGUGUGAGGCUUCUCUCCUCCUCCAUUAAGAUCACAUGGUGCUGGGAGCGUGCACUGGACUUUCCUGCACUGCUGGUCAUGCAGAGUUGAAAGCAGCACUGACUCAGAAGACGUUUUAACUCAAGUUUUAUUAAGUUUUUUUUGUAAUGCUCUGUCAGUAAACAGUGUAUCAAAAUGAAUGCAAGGAAUGAGACAGUGUUGCUGUAGCAGAGGGAAGCAGGUAGACACAUAAUUCAGUUACGAGAGCCGAACUUCGGAAAGCCAAAAAGCACAGGGUUGUAUAUUUUUGAUUUUAAUAAAACUCUUUUUCUUGUGUUGUAAAA